CGGAUUGACCCUGACCAAACCAAAUGCAUUCAAGGAUACGCUGUCCAUACGUUGGCCCCGGGCAGCGGCCACUAUGCCCUCGCAUAGCCUGCUGUAAGUCAUUUGUGAGGCGUGCUCCUACUGAGCCACGCACAACGCACGACAACGCGGCACCAGCCCCAGGCGUUGGCGCCCGCGUCCGCGCGCUGCUCGUGUCGACGUUGUCCUCGUGCGCAAUCCUCCUGUCGUCAUCGCUUCCGGCCCCAGCUGCCGACGCCCUCACGAUUAAGUUCCCUGCAAGCCCGAACCCGGAGAUACGGGGCGCACAAGAGGUGCUGGUGCAAGCUUGGGGCUAUGUUCGGGAGCUAUUCGUGGACCCCACGUUCAACAGCCAGGACUGGACUAAGAAACUGCAGGACUCUCUGACGGCCACUUUCCGAGCCGCAUCCGGGGAGGAGGCCCUGCAGCAGGUGACCCUCAUGUUGGACAGCCUGGGGGACCCCUUCACAAGGGUGCUGCUGCCGGGGGGAGCAAGCGAGGCCUUCCAGGCCAUGAAGCAGGCCAAGAGCUUCUCCACGGGGUUGCUGGUGGGGCGGCGGGGGGGUCCCCAGGGGCCGCUGGUGGUCUCGUCUGUGAUCGCAGGGAGCCCCUCCCAGGCAGCUGGCCUGCGAGAGGGGGAUGAGCUGGUCGCGAUCAACGGCCGGCCGGUGUGGGCUCUGCGCAGCGAUUCGGACUCCGCAAUACAGGACUUGUUGCGGCAGGACGUCGAGGUGUCGUUGAAGGUGCUGCGGCGGCAACAGGGGCCCGCGGGCGCGGCCGCCUCACGGGGCCCUGUGACCACCGUCACACGCCGCUCACCACCUUCGGUGUCCGGCGUGGAGCCGGCGGCGCCAGCGGCGGUGGCGGUAGCCACAGCUGCUGGAGACUCCAACACCGACACCGUCCCAGCAGCCGCACCCGCUGAGCCAAUGUCGACGCCAUCUACCUCGUACCAGCUUCCCGACACUUUCUUCGAUGUCGUACUUCGUCCGGCGCCCGUGGAGUUUGUGCCUGUGCAGUACGCUGUAGUAACCAAGCAAAGGCGCUCUAGCCCCUUCGCGUCCGGCCGAGGCAGCGAUGUGGGCGGUGGCGGCAGCGCCAGCGGCGGUGGACAGAGCGCCCGCGGGCCCCUAGUCACGGUAUUGGCAGCGCCAGCGGCUGCGCUGACAUCAGCCCCACCGCUACCGCUGUUACCGCCACCGCCGCCGCCGCCGCCGUCAGCGUCCAAGGCGGAGGGUGUUGGCUCCUGGUUGUUAGACGUCCGCAGCAACCCGGGGGGCAUUGUGGGCGAGGGGUUGAGGGUGGCGGAGCUGCUGAUGCGACCCGGCGAGGUGUUCGCCUGGGUGCGGGAGCGAGACGGCGCGGAGCACGCGGAGACGUUAUCGGACCGCGCGCAAGCUUUGGUAGAGGGUCAACCCAUAGCAUUGCUGGUGGACCAUUAUUCCGCCUCAACCUCCGAGCUCCUCGCCGGUGCGCUACAUGACGACGCACACGCGCUGCUAAUCGGCGAGCGGACGUACGGCAAAGGCCGUACACAGCAAGUCAUACAGCUGUCUGGUGGAGCCACGUUGCUGGUCAGUACGGACAUGUACGUCACGCCUGCGCGGCGCGUUGUGGACCGAGUGGGUCUGGCACCGGAUGUAUCCUGCCGGCCGGGCCCGCCGCCGCCACCGGUUCCACGGCCUGUGGGAACAGCCGGGGCUGCGGCUGCUGCGGCUGCUGCUAUUCCCGGUUCUUCUGUCAUGCCCUCUAGUCCCGUUCCCGCUGAAGCUGCUGCCGUGGCGCAUAGCAGUAGUAGCAGUAGCAGUAGCAGCUUUGAUGUUGCUGGUGUUGGGAGCGAUGAAGGCCAGUUAGGAGGUUUAACUGGCCUGGAUGGCAGUAGCAACGGCAGUAGCAACGGCAGUAGCAGUAGCAACGGUAGUCGCAUGGUGCGGGAGCAAGUAGAGUGGCUUUUGCGUGACACGUGUGUUCAAACCGCGAUCGGCAAGCUGGCGACCCGUGGGUCACAGACAUCGCAGAAAUAA